CAGGCGUGAAACUCAACAAGAUGGCUUUCAUCUUCGUCGGACUGGCGAUACUUGCCGCUGCGCAGGCUCGCCCUCAUGAAUCGGGCGGAAGCUCGACAACUCAAUCGCCGGAGGCGUCGUUCCUCGGCUUGCCCGCUUCAGCCGAUGCCGCUAUUGAGAAAACCAUUGACGUCAAGUUCACUUGUGCUCACCGUCGUCUCGGCUAUUACGCCGACAUCAGUAACGAUUGCAAGGUCUUCCAUAUCUGCAACCCGAUGGAGCUCCCCGAUGGCCAGAAAGCUGUGAUGCAGUACUCAUUUUUCUGUCCGGUUAACACGACGUUCGAUCAGCAGUCACUUACCUGUGCUCCACACCCGAGCCCCAUACCGUGCCACCUUGCCGAGAAGUACUACUACGUCAACGACCAGAUUGGCGUUGUCGGUGAUCUGGUCAAUGUCGAUAAUGAACAAACUCAGAUUCAGCACGACGCUCACACUGCUCCGGUGACCCAGACCGUUGCUUCUGUACCUCCUGCAAUUCCAACAUUCCACGCUGUUCAGACCCGCCCUGCUUCAACAAUUCAGCACCGUGGUCCUAUUCAUGCUGUUCAGCAUCAUGUACCUGCUCAAACUGUCCAGAUUGUCCAACAGCGGGCCCCGGUUCAGGCCGUUCAACACAACGGCCCUGUGCAAACGGUUCAGACCCAUAUUCCAGCUCAAGUCCAGCAGACAAUUUUCCGUCAGCCACAGCAGACUAGCGCCCAUUUCCAAGCUCAACCUCUCGUGGAACAUCACCUUCAGCUCGUACCUACCACUGAUAAAGUUCUCCGUCUUGGUUAAACGUUGUUUCUUUAGAAAAGUAGAAGACGAUACAUUGAUAUGCGCUUGGCUAAAAAAUACGAAUAUGACUACUAUAUAAUAAUAAUAAGUAAGUAUUGUUAUUGUUCUACAUUGUUUUCUGGCUCGAAUGAUAGUUUAUUACGAUUUAUCGGUAAGCGCAGGCAAUCGAAUCUCUGUCUUCAACGUAGCUUUUUGUAUUAUCGCCUGUAUAGAAUAAUGAGAGACAUAACUGGUGCCGACGAAGUAGUACCUGAGAUGAACUGAAUUCUAUUACGUAGUAAGUAAAAAAGUGAAACGUGUCCGUUCAGUAA